UGACAGCAGUAAGGUCACGCCUAUCAGCUGGAACGUAUGUACAGUAUUCAGAAGUAAACGCGGCGCACCGACAAUGAAUAUCACACGGAAAAAUUUUAAAGAAACCUUUCCUCUUAUCGUUGAAAGUAUAAAUGAAGCCGACUUCUUAGCAAUUGAUGGUGAAUUCACAGGUUUGACCAAUGGACGUAAAUCACAUUCAUUUGAUACACCAGAGGAGCGCUAUCACAAACUUAAAGAGGGAACAUGCGAUUUUCUACUCGUUCAGUUUGGAUUGUGUACUUUCACGUACAAGCAUGAGGAGAAAAAAUACAUAUCUAAAGCAUACAACUUCUACAUUUUCCCAACACCACUAAACAGGCAAGCGAGUGAUGUGAGGUUUUUGUGUCAGGCUUCAAGUUUAGAUUUCCUGGCUCGCCAGAGUUUUGAUUUCAAUAAAGUCUUCUACGAAGGUAUUCCCUAUCUGAACCCGGCAGAGGAGCAGAGCCUGUCGGACGCCUUACAGGAACGGCACAACCAGAGCAUGAACAAUGAGCUGACCUAUGUGAGCCCUUCAUAUGAGUCGCCAGCUUUCAAGGGUCCUUUGGUUAUCCCAGAAGAGCACAAGUCAUUCAUUGCUGACAUCUGCAAGAAGAUCGAAACUUUUCUAAAGGAUGAGCAAGAAACUAGCUUGCAGUUGCCAGUAUGCACAGCCUACCAGAGGAAGCUCAUCUAUGAGGCUGCUAGGAAAAGAUUCAAGAUGGGCAUUCAGCUUGACACACAGACUGCUGAAAAUCGCGAUCGGUUUAUUGUCGUGAAAAAGGCAUCGGAGGAGGAGAAGAAACUGGUUGAACAAAAGAAAAGAGAAGCUGACUGGGAAGAACUGAAGGAUGCUGUUGGCUUCUCAAAUGUCAUUCGUGAGAUUACACGUUCAGGAAAACUGGUAGUUGGCCACAAUAUGAUGUUAGACUUAAUGCACGUCUUACACCAGUUUGCUAGCCCCCUGCCUGAGGAUUAUGAGGAGUUCAAGUCACUGGCUCACUGCGUAUUUCCACGCAUCUGUGAUACGAAGCUGAUGUCAAGUACAAAUCCAUUCAAGGUCAAUAUUCCUAUGACAGAUCUUGGCAAUCUCACGAAGAUACUAGAGAGAGCGCCAUUUGCCAAGCCGAACAUAGAGUUUGCGGCGGAGGAGCACAGCUACAGCACAGUUGCGAAUCAGCUGCACGAAGCAGGGUACGACGCCUACAUAACUGGACUCUGCUUCAUAUCGAUGGCCAACUUCCUAGGUACCUUCCAGGUUCCCAUUCCAAGUCGAAUACCAGCGAACUCACCACUUCUAGAACCUUUUGUAAACAAGCUCUAUGUGAUGAUGGUGGUCGACAUACCCUACAUGAAUCUCGUCGGAGCUGACCUGAAGCCAAACCGUGAUCACGUGUUUCAUGUCAGCUUCCCUGCCUCCUGGAGAACAUCCGACAUUGUUCAGCUAUUCAGUGCAUUUGGCCACGUGUACAUUGCAUGGAUCAAUGACACGUCCGCACUAGUUGGGUUGAACUACAAGGACAAUGCUGGCCUAGUUAUGAAGACGAUAGGUGAGGGUGAGAGUUACAAAAUACAGACCUACAAAGAUUACUGUCAAACAACUCAGGUCAUAUGUCAGACCACAGCUGUACUUAAGAGGAAAGUUGAUGGGUCGCCUCCUGUAAAGAGCCCUCGUCCACCCAAGAAACGUAAAUCGUCAGGGAUAUUAAACCCUGACCUCCCACCGACUAUUCCCGAAGAGCAAGAAGAGACUGAGCAUGAAGAUCUAGGCGAGCCACUCACAAAAAAGCUGCGAGAAAGUACAACUGAUGGGGUGGUUGCAGAUAUAGCGAAUGGGUCUUCUAAAGGUGACUGCCAGUUGUUCAGUGUUCCAGAUACGUGGUAGAGUGAGCAUGUUGCAGGUCUAUCCAGUGAUCUCCGCCCUGUCUGUCUGGGGACAAGGGAGAAAGCACCUCCAUCACCUUUGGGAGAGUAACAAAGAGUAUGUGGCAUUCUGUGUAGGAAAGGAUUGCCUGUUGCAGUGUGGUGCUAUUUUGAUUUGAAAAUUAUAAAAGAGGGGCCAUUGUCACCGUCAAAAUUGGAAUAAAACAAGUACAUUGGAGGGGGGGGGCGACUCCCGCAGUGGCCUAGACCUGUGCGCCGAGUAAUAGAAUUACCUGACAGGUCAAACACGUAUGUGAAACGUCAGUAGUACAUUACAGUUAUCAUCUGCAUUGUUGAGAAUGCUGGGUAAUAGCUGUUGUUUCCUGGAGAAGUUUCAGGUCAAAGAAUCAUGAAUCAUCACUAAUAACAUCGCUACCUUCAUUACAUGGUUGAUGCAUUUGUUUUUGAGUCAUUCUUUCCUCAAAAGUUGAGCAAAUCUGUUUUGUUGCAGUCGCGUUUCUCUUGUAUGGAAUUUAGAUAACACUGUGGUUGUGGAGGCGUUCACAGACUUCAUCGUUGCAUUUGGCAGGGUUAAAACCUUUAGAAGGUCAGUGGCAAUAUUUUGUAGAUUUGUUAGUGUCAACAACAAUCCACAGAUCAGGUUUGAGUGGUAAAGGGUGAAUGUUGCCGUUUUUGCUCGUGGCGAUAGGAAAAAGCAAGCACAGACUGUGAUUGCAGACUUAGUGUAUCUCGGUUUGCUUACAGUAGCCGCCUGAGUGUAACAAAAUCACGUUGCCACGAACGUAUCUAUACUAUUAUAGAUAUGUAGCUAUGUUCAUGGUAUUACACUAGACCCUUUAUCUCCAACAAUUGCCAUACAUUGACGGUUUUUGGCCAAGUGUGCUAAACCCGAAUCAUAUUGGUUUUUGAAUUCACCAUGUGUAAGCACUAAGCAGUGUAUAGAUCUGUUGUACAUGAAGUCGAUGUAACUCCGAUUGUGUUGCCAGGGUGACUGGGGCAAAAUGUCUAUUGAAAUAAACGUAAAAGGGACUCUCUUGUCCGUUAGAAUUUCUACUUUUUGUAUAUCUUAAUAAUGAUAUUAUAGUCUAUAAUUAUUAAUAGCUUUAUAAUAUGAUGUAACAUUACUAAGAGUGAAUGUGAAACUAAUGCCAUUAUGUUGCAUUGCAGUGACGUGUCCGUGAAAAAAGAAUAUACAUACAUACAUAUAUAUA